ACUUCUUGCCCAAAUUUGACAGCAGCGAUUCCCACCCCGCCUCUCACCACCACGAUCUGUUUUCUUCAAUCCCAUUCUCCCCAGUCUCGACUUGACCUCUCUUGUUUUUGUAUCGCGCAGCAUCAUGAGUAGCACCAAGCGACAGCUUAGUCUUGAUGGAAGCGAAGGCAGCGCUGCCCCUUCCAAGACACGCAAAUUGGAAACACAGAAACAAGGAGAUGGUCUUCAGAUUACCGUCAAGCUGCGCUCAACUUCCAAAGCUGCCAAGAACGCCCCAAGAUCGGUAAAGCCAGCUGAAUAUUAUCGCCAGAGGGCAAAUUUAUUGGGGUGUUUGGAUGGUGACGCAGCUGAUGAAUUGGAAAGCUCGACCGACGAGAACGGCGAUGAGGGACAUGGCCCUCUGGAUGCCGACGGCAUUUGUGGCGAACACAAGGAUGAGCUCCUAGGCUCUGAUUCCGACAGUGUGGAUUCCGAAGUUGAACAUGGUGAAUCUGACGAAGACGACCUUGGUUCCGAUUUCGAUGAAUUUGCAGAGUGGGUGUGGUUGGAGCAAAUCGACGCCUUUGCCAACGUGGGGACGGCUCAAGUCGCGCUGUGUGAUGCCAAGUUGAUCCGGCGCAAUCGGAUGCGAGAUGACUUUUCGAAUGAGAUAGAGGAACCUUGUGAAGAAACCGCGGCGCUCGGGUCCGACCUAUUCGACAGAUACGGCCGCCUCCGCCGAGAGUACUACGAGCAUGAGAUCAAAAAGGGAACUGGGAUAUGGGACAAGGAGCUUGACGAAGGUGAUAUUCUCCUCUUUGGAAAUAUCGCUGUCAAUCCCUCGUGGCGUCGUCAAGGAAUCGCUGCGAAAAUCGUUCAGGCCGUCUUGGACGAGACUAGGCGCAAGUCGACACAGUUCUUUGCCUUUGCCCAGCCGAGUUAUGCCGGUCCCCUAGACGACGUGGACGAGGAGGAGAAAGCAAGAAUAGAAGCAACAAUUGGCGAGCAAUUCUUCCGGUCACUUGGGUUCCGGAGAGUCGGUACCUCCACAUGGCUUGCAUUCGCAGAUGAUAGUAGCCACCCUUCACGAAGUCUGGCUGCUACUCAAGACAUCGAUACGGCGGAUAUCCAAAAACAGCAAGAGGUCAUGUCUGAUGACAUGGAAGUCAUCAUGACCACCCUCUCUGACCCCUCGAUGACUGGAGACCAAUGGGUGAGGGAAAUUGAAGAGAGGUUUCGAGUUGCGAUGGAAGCGCCAACAGUAUUAUCUACCGAUAGGAAGGGCAACACCAUCCUUCACUUAGCCGCCAUGAGCCGCAAGACAGAAGCAGUCGAUCUCAUACAGUCCAAUUUGCCUCAUCUCGCUAGUAUUCGCAACAUGGAAGGCUAUACUCCGGCUGAAGCCUUGCGGAGUGAUAUGGAGUUGCGGAGGACGAGGUUUGGCAUGUCCGAUAAAUUCGAGGGCUUUGGACGAUCGGAUGUUACGUGUCUAGCUGCACUUACAAGCACUGACAUAUUAUAUCCCAACGAGUCCACGGACUUUGACACCGGGACGACUGCAUCAGCUACAGAGGAACAGCUAAGCAAGACCUCCAACACGUUGCGACUGAAGUACGGCUGCACCUGUGGCCAGUGCAUUGGAGGAUUCCUGAGCCCCAGGAUGCUAUUCGCAUUAUUGUGCCAGGCUGAAAUUAACCAUGACUUUCUAUCCGACGAGCUAGAUUACAGCGGUCCAGAUUGGGUCAGUUUCAACGAAGAUUCCCUCAAGCAUCUCAGCCCCUCGGUACGAGAAAACCUGAAGACCAACAAAUCCAUGAGAGAGGGCUUUGCAAAUAUGUACGAUUGCAUUGCUCGUUGUCUCAGAGAGAAUAAUUUACCGAACGAAAGGAAUGUCCUGGACUUAUGGCGCAACAAAACCAGCGAGUGGCCACCAGUGACGAAGACAUACCUCCAAAGGGGCGGAACUGUGGUCGCAGCAGCCACGAACAUUUUUGAGAGGGCAAUGAACCAGGACGAAUGGGCCGGAGAUGGAGAGCACAUGGAGGUGUUUGAGGAAGAAAUCAAGGGCUUGGCCACCUGCCGGAAUGACCACGAGUUCGGUUUCGUCGCUGGCAUGUGUGGAUAUAAGAGGAUUUCUACUGUUCGUUAUGUCGAUAUGUUGGGGAGAGAGAUAUAGGCAGGUAAAGGGCGGGUAUUAACAUGGCUGAGAUUAUGGGUGUGAUUACAAUUACUAUCUAACGAUGUAUCUUUUGUGCUCUCCAGCCCCGACUAAGUCUUCCUCGAGCUCGUCCUUGAAUUAUUCUUUC